AUGUCGUUGGAGCCUACGGCCAAGUUGGUGAUACAAACCACCAGGGGAGAAAUCCACAUGGAAGUGUUUGCCAAAGAAACGGCAACCUUCUCGAAACCUUUUCUACAGAACUGUCUAGAUAACAAGUAUAAGGGCAUUGCUUUCAACAAGGUGCUUCCGUACCUAGUGCAAACAGACGGCACGGGCCAGGGAACCAAGUACAAGAAGAGGUACCAUCUGAGACUCAAGUUUAGCAUGAAGGGAUGUGUGGGGUUGGUGAACUCUGAAGAUACCAAGAGUGCUUCAGUGGAUGGGUUUUUCAUCACUUCUAAGGAAGCCCCCGAGCUCAAUGAGCAUUUUGUGAUGAUCGGGAGAGUCAUUGGCGACUCGAUAUAUAAUGUGAUUAAACUAUCACAAAACGAGUUGAAGGAAGACGGCGAAACGCCGAUGCAUCCGGUGGUGAUUGAGGAAACCAGAGUUAUAGAGAAGUACUUUGAUGAUCUAGAGGCAUCCACGGAGCCCGAGGCCGUCGAGCCUAAGAAGAAGAAACGGAAGGCUGUGAAGCUUGAUUAUGACGAGGAUGGUGAAGAUGAGGAGGAUCUGGGGUUCAAGAUGCGGUCUGCUCAUGAGACAUUGGACGAUAAGCGGUUGGGAAAGGGAAAGAAGGAAGAAAGCCGGAGGGAAGAGGAGAACGAGGAUACAGAGAAGAAGGAGGAAGGAACGCCAGAGAACCAGGAAGGAGAGAAUGGAGAUUCUGGCGAUGCACCCGAACUACAGAAACCACCAAUGGAAGAGUCCCGCAAAUCGGACUCGCCAAAACUGGAUAUCGUAAACAUCGAACUUGCAUCGAAGAAAUCAGAGUCUGGAGUACCGCCGGCAAAGCCAGAACGAGACCCUGAGAUCGAUCCACCUUACGAUUCUGAUCUUGACCUUCCGGACGAUACAAUUGAAUACGAGCAGCUUUGCAAGCAUAAGUUUGUCUGUUAA